AUGUAACCAAAUGGAACAUAAAGAUUAAGCAUCCUAAUAUAUAAUGGCCAUCCAAAUCUAUCCUAAGAAUUCAGUAUUCUAUUUUAUCGAAUUAAUCAAUUUUUAUACAGAAUUGGAGCUCAAUUUGAUUAAUUCAGAAAUCAAGAGAAAGCACUUAUAGAUUACAACAAGGGUAUUCUAUUUGCUCCUAAUGAUAAUUAAAUCUACUAUAAAAAAGGUAAUCAAUAAAUUGUAUUGAGUAAGAAUUCUUCUUAAAUAUGUUAGAAGUGAAGAAUAGGGAAUAAUUAAUUUUAAUAAAGCAAUCCAAUCAGAUACUUUGA